AAAAGUGCACGUGUAAGCUUUCACCUUUUUAUGACUGUAAACGCGCCGUACACGGUCAGAUCUAUUCCUGCCUUUGCUGAAUGCAGUUCAUAUUGGGAACAAUGGCUUUCCAUCGCCAGAUUCUACUUUCAAUCCUUCUUGUUCAAAUGACUUUUUCAGCAACCUAUGCUUUGCAGUGCACGAUAUGUUUGGAUCCUACAUCUUGCAGAAGUGAAACGAUCCCACAAGAGUGCAAUGCUGACAUCGUUGAUCAGCAUCACAGAAGGUUGAAUCACAUAAAUCCUAGCUUGGUCAACGCGGAACCAAGCUCAACCUUCAAAUGCUACGAUGUCCAUUUGAUGUACCGCAGUGCUCUUACAGGAAGUAGUGUUCUAGUAGUACAAAAAGGAUGCACAUACAGUACAACUGAUUUUUGCAAUGGGUGGUCCGACACUGUAACCUCAAAUAAAUGCGACACAUGCAAUACUAUUGACGGAUGUAACAGUAUUCAAAACGAAACAACAACUAUAACUUCUUCAACGGUCACCACGUCUGUUAGCGCUACAACAUCCUCAACGACGGCCUCCGUCACUACACCAGUGGACAACUCUACCACUACAGCGAGUACAACAAGUUCCUCAACGACGGCCUCUGUCACUACACCAGUGGACAACUCUACCACUACAGCGAGUACAACAAAUUCCUCAACGACUUCUCUGCCAGUCACCACAUCAACCACUAGCUCCUCUACCUCAGCUAGUCCUAAUGCUACAACAACCACCAGCACUUCAGCGGCUCCCUCCACGUCUGUUAGCGCUACAACAUCCUCAACGAUGGCCUCUGUCACUACACCAGUGGACAACUCUACCACUACAGCGAAUACAACAAGUUCCUCAACGACUUCUCUGCCAGUCACCACAUCAACCACUAGCUCCUCUACCUCAGCUAGUCCUAAUGCUACAACAACCACCAGCACUACAGCGACUCCCUCUGUAACAACUCCAUCAACGAUAACCACCUCUCCAGAAACAGGAAAUACCACCACAACAGUGACGACAGCUCCUAGUACGACCUCGAAACCGGCAGGCGCAGGAUGUGCAGUUGUAAGCUGGAUUCUGAUUGGGGGAUUCACUUUGUUGCAUGGCCUUGUUGGACAAUUUGGAUUGUUCGCGCAAAAAUAAAUAAAAGGGACUUUAAUAAAUUGACAAAGAAAUUGUACAUGUGUUCCUAUGCUAGCCCUCGUUAUCGUUACUAAUAAAUGCUUGUGUUCCUCAAA